AAAUACUUGUAAGAGAAUCGAAUAACAUCACUUAUAUAGUAGGUACUUAUAUUAUGACAUUGAAAUAUGUAAUAUCUGUCACAUAAGGAUGUGCACGUAUCUUCGUAUAUUUUUUUUAAAUUUAAUCUAGUCAAGCUUUAGUUUCUGUCCAGUUACGCUACCGUAUACAUCUAGACAGGCUAAUGUAAAUAUUUAGGUACUUAUUAACAAAUGUGUUGUCUCUUGAAUACGUGUGACAUACCAUCCUCAAAUGUCUUCUCCUAAAAAUACCGAAUACUCGGGCAAUUAUCAACGUUUUAACGAUGAUGGAAAUGUAUCACACGAACAAGACACAUCGCAUCGAUCAUCUCAAAAAUAUGGAUCUAUGCUUUCAUGUUCUUCUCCAGACAACUACAUAAAUCCAUCCAUUGAAAAUAAUCAAACCAAUGAAUUCCCCCAAAAAUUUGAAACGUAUGAAACUGAAAGGGAAAACAUGACUGAUAAUGCAGUGCUUCCAUUGCACAAUUCUCUUUUAGAUCAUGAUCUGUACUGGGAAAUGAACUACCAUAAAGCUGCAAUAUUUUUAGAGGAAGGUAGAAACAAUGAAAAAUUUGAGUCUCAUCCGAAACAUCCAGAAGAUUUACCAGCAUAUCUGUUAGUUCAUAAUAAUUGGUAUUAUGGAUUAGACUUGUUGACUUCUCUUAUACUUUUAGCUUUGGCUCUUGUGGAGGAGCCAGCUGUACCACUGUUUGGUAUACCAGUAUGGGCACAUGGGUCAAUAGAACUUUUAGCUCUAAUCAUUAUAGGCAUAGAAUUAGUUUUAAAAUUAAGAUGGAUUGGCUUAACGACUAUGUUAAAACACAAAAGGACAAUGCUGAAGUGCGCCACAUUGGCCAUCAUGUUUUUAGAAGCAAUGACAGUUUUAGUGCGGCAGUCAUCACAUUUUCGAGUGACACGUGCUCUAAGACCUAUCUUUUUAGUAGAUACCAAAUGUUUUGGAGGUGUAAGAAGAUUUAUAAGGCAAAUACUUUUGACAUUGCCUCCAAUUCUGGAUAUGUUAGGCCUGCUUUUAUUUUUUAUUACACUUUACACAAUAUUAGGAUAUUACAUGUUCUCUGAAAUGAAUAGAAAUUUUUCUACAUUGCAAGAUAGUUUUGUAAGCCUUUUUGUUCUUCUUACCACGGCUAAUUUUCCAGAUGUAAUGAUGCCAUCAUAUUCAAAAAAUAAGUGGUACGCAAUAUAUUUUGUGUCUUACUUAUCCACUAUGUUAUACGUAAUGAUGAAUUUGAUGUUGGCAGUAGUAAACGAAACAUUUACAGCAGCCGAACGUGACAAAUUUAAAAAACUGUUUCUACAUAAAAGAAAAGCAUGUCAACACGCCUUUAAGUUAUUAGUCUUAAAACAAAAUGCAGAUAAAAUGCGAUUUCGUCAAUUUGAAGGACUAAUGCGAUACUACGCUCCUAAUAAAAGUAUACGAGAUGUUGUUUUAAUGUUUCGACAUCUCAAUACUUCUGGAACUGGGGUAUUAAGUGCUGAAGAGUUUUUGAAUAUUUUUGAUACGAUAGAACUUCAGUGGGAGCCACAAUACUCCACUGUGCCGUGGUAUCACAGUACUUCGCGACCAUUGCAGAUUCUCUGCAUGGGAGCUCAUACUGCUAUUAGAUGGACAUAUUUUGAAACUUUGAUGUAUAUAACAAUAGUUGCAAACGGUAUUGCUAUGAUUAUAAGGAUACUGCAACCCAGCGAUCGUUUUCACAGUGCAAUUUUAUUUGCUGCGUCUUGGGAUACUUUUCUUUUUGGAGGAAUAUUCGUUAGCGAAGCGUUAAUAAAAGUAUUGGGCCUUGGUACAAAAUGGUAUCUUAGUUCUGGAUGGAAUCUUUUCGAUUUAGGCACAUCUGUAAUGACACUUGUUUCUGCGUGUAUCAUACGUCUUUCUCCAUCAUCAACAUUUUUUGUUCUAUUCAGACCACUUAGACUCUUGCGUUUAUUUAAAAUGAAAAAAAGAUAUCGAGAUGUAUUCGGAACCCUUGUUAUUUUAACUCCUUUAAUGUCAUCUACUGCGGUAGUUAUGCUUGUUUUAUAUUAUUUUUUCGCGAUUAUUGGAAUGGAAUUGUUCGCUGGAUAUAAUAUGCGAAAUUGCUGCAAAAAUACAACAGUCGAAGAUUUUUACAAAUACUCUGCUAAUGAAAGUACUACAUUAGGAUACUAUUAUCUUAAUACAUUUGACAAUCUCAUAGCCAGUGGUAUGACUCUGUUUGAAUUAACAGUCGUUAAUAAUUGGUUUAUAUUAAUGAAUGCAUAUGCAUUUACUGUGGGCAUGUACACAAGGAUGUACUUUAUGACAUUUUAUCUAGUGACAAUGAUUGUGUUAACAAUUGUAGUAUCCAGUUUCUUGGAAGCAUUUCGAUUUAGAAUACAUUAUAAGAAAUCAACGUCAAAACGAGAUGAAGAAAGAAUGCUUCAUGAAGAAGUGGAAUUGAGAUGGGACGAAUUGCAGUGCAUAAUAGAAGAUUUUCAACUUCUGGAAAAAUUAAGACCUUCAUUCAUAGUUGGCGGAACUACUGUAUUUACUGGAUCACGUCCUCGAACACGAGAAGUUCUACAGAGAAAAAUGUAUACAAGUGAAAUAAGCGAAUGGACCGUAGAAGCUAAAGAAGCUGAAAGACAGUGUGUAUCAAAUCCUGUAUAUAAUUCAGAAGAAACAUCUAGGGAAGAUGGAAUUUCUGAACAAGACCAUCUUAGAUCAACCGUGAGUGUACGAUCAACACAUCGUAAUACAUCUAAUGUUGUAUAGAUACUCAUAAUAAUAAAUCAAAUGUAUAUAUAAUAAGUAAUUCUCGUGCUGCGUAUAUGUAGGUUAGCUAAUUAAAAAAAAAAAAAUCAUAAAAUAAAAAUUGGAUAAGUAACUACAUGUGACAUAUGAUAAGUAAAAUCUUUUAAAUUGCGAAUAUACUAAAUAAUUUAAUUACAUUUGAUAAAAUAAAAUUUCUUUAUUUUAAAUGA